AUGGAUGUCAACAAACCAACGCCAUCUUUACCACAGCCUGACACACAGACAACAGCAACAUCUCUAACAGUAGAAUCACCAAAACAACUCAUCACACAAGUUCAACACUCAGCGGUUGAAGAACAUCCUGACCUAGAGCGAAGACUCUCCUAUAUUGAAACAACACUAUCUUCACUACAGGACACACAACACAAGUCUACAGAUGACAUAGCAGAAAUAAAACAAUGGAGAGACAACUUUGUAACAGAACAGAGUGACAUGGGGGUAAACAUUGAACAACUGACUAAAAAACAAAAGCAGAAUUUUAAAAACCUUAGAAAACAAAUGAGUGAACAAGAUAACAAAGUAAAGGAGCUGAACAAAGAAAUUGAAAGUUUAAAAGAAAAGGAAACCAAGUCAAACAAAACACUAGAACAAUUUUCAAGAGAUAUGAAGGAAUAUGAGAUCAACGUACACAAAAUAAAUAAAGAGAUGCAAGAUCACGCAGACAAAACAGAUAUUUUAACUCAAGAAAUGAAAAGACAUUCGGAUACGAUGUCUACCCUACAAGAAGAGAUUUCUAAAAACUUGCUGAAGACAUCAACUCAAUUAGAAAAGUACAUUUUAAUGAACAAGCUCCUGCACCAAAGAUUGAUGCCCAUUGAAAAAUUGAUUCAAAUCUUUAACCAGAAGUUGGAAACAAGGGAAAAAAGGAUAACAAAGCUGGAAAAUAUUGAAGAUGCUAUUUCAAAAUUGUCCAAAGAUUUGAAUCUAAUAGAGUCACGUGUAUGUAACAGAUAUGCUUGUCAUGUGACGCUUGUUGAUCCCACACCUGUCAGUGAUGGAUCAAUUAUUUCAACAUUUGAUGUAGUACGUGAAUAUAACGGUCAACAUUUUGAUCAAACAACAGGAAAAUUUGUAUCACCACAUGAUGGUUUAUAUCUUGUCUGUGUUAGUCUAAAUGAAUGGGAAGAUAAACGGAUUAUAGUUCGUGUGGUGGCUGGAGACGUGUGGUGUAAGUAUAUUGAAGUGAAAUGUGCCACCACUAGCGCUGCUGGGUCAGUUGUUGUUGACAUGAAGAAAGGUCAAGAAAUUUACCUUGAAGUGUUUCAUGCAGAUCAAGGCGCAGCUUUAUCCUGGCUAAGUAGUUUUACGAUUAUUAGCUUAUAAAAGUACAACACAUAACAUUAUGGAUGGUAAAUUUUUAAAAGAAUAAAAUAUGUAACCACCAUGUUAAACACACGCUAACAACUUACUAUGUAUGGAGACUGCAUGUCUACAAACACUUGAAUGGUUUACAUGAAAUAUGUUUAGUUAUCAUUUUGUUUCUAUUGAUUUAAUAUGAUCACUAAUUAUGUUUUCUACUUGACCAACGUUAUAGAAUAUAAGUAUGUACCAUUGCCUUCACUGUAUAGGAGCACAAACGUAUUUGAAUACGUUUGGUUUGUAAAAAAAAUAAAACGUAUUUACCUUGUUAAAUAUGUAACUGUCAUCAGAACCCUUGAGACAAACCAAAUGAACUUCCACAAAGACGAAUGUUAAAAUAUCUUCACUGUACAUCAUCAAUAUGUGCCCUAUGUAUCGAAAGUAGGAUAUUAAUCAAAGUUAGUCAUUUGUAAAAUAAAAAUUACAAUUAUUUUUAUUUUACUACAAGUAUCUGUAAUUGUGAACACUACAUUCGUUCAAUAAAUAAAUUACAGCUUAUCCGUAUUAAAACAUGUUUUCCUUUAUUUAGUAACACUGUAUCUUUAAAUUAACAAACAUCAACACAAACAAAAAUCGAUACAUCUAUUAAACUAAAAUAAUUAUUUAUAUAAUUAUUUAUAUAAACAUGUGUAUGUGUAAUAAAAUGUGUAACAUAUAAUUGCUACAAGAAACAGCGAACGCGAAAUUAGAAGCACAUGACCCAUUAUCUUUUUUUAAAUUUAGUUGAAUACAUUCUAACAUUAGAAAACCGUUAUUUUUAUUUGACUCAUAUUAGACUUACAAAAUCACUUACUGUUGAUAUACAUCAUAUAUGUAAUGAUUAUUUGACGUCAAUUAUAUAUUUUGAUAUAUGGGAGAUUUAAGUGUUGAGUGCUGUACCAGUAGACUGCUUAUAACUUCUGUAACAGAUUAGUGUUGAAGAGUAGGAUAAAACAGGUUAGUUUAUUAAAUCUACAUGAUAAUAUUAAACAUUGGUUUAAUUCUACAUCAUUUCAAAAAAUAAGGUAUAUAAGCAACAUAACCAGAGUGUGAAAAUCUGGGUCUCUUCCUAUUGCACUUUCAUAGGGUAGGCCUACUAUUGUUUCAACUUGCUAUAGUGUAUGAAUAUAUCCCUUUCGAAAUGCCAUAAUGUUAAUCUGUUUUUUAUUAGUUAGACAUUAAGAUCAUUUUUAUAAUACAAAUCUCAACUCAUAAACUAUAUUUCUGAUCAUUAACAAAAAAAAAAAAAAAAACACUCGCCCACUCAUUUGUUUAUUUGAUAUUGUCUAAACCCAAAGUACAGAUGGACUGACCCCAAACGGCCCACAAAGAUCAGAUGUUACCGUAAAUGGGAUCAAAUAUUUGACAGACCGACAACGAGAUAGGAGAUCAUAAAAACUGGCAAUAAAAUUUGGUAUAUUCGAUACUCUGUACUUGGUGUUAGUCUUUGACAUAACUUGUUAAUGUGUCUUUUACUAGUCUUUGAA